AAAGAAAGCAGAGUUCAAGUGCAGACAUCUGUCUCCGUCCUGGAUAUUUCUGAUGUGCCCACAUAUACACGUAUUUUAAUUUUUAUUCUAAGGCGUGGUCCCUUGUUAAAGCAACCUCGACCACCACUACCUACGCAUAUAUUGCACAGCUCGGGGGUAGAUCCCUUAUGCUAAGUUUGGACCAAAGAACCACGAUUUUCUGCUUUUCGACUGGAAUUUUAAGAAUCGUGGCAACAUUUCUAGAAUUGGCAAAAAUAGAAAAGGAACAAAACUGUCGCCAUGAUCUCUCCGUGGUGCUGAAGCAGCACUCCUUUGCCCUGUACUGUCAGUGUUUCAUUCAGGCUAUAGCAUUUCCCUUUAGCCUUUACAUUAACAUCCUAAUAGUAAACGCUUUUGACUCUCAAUUAAAUUUCUGUUAAUUGAACGAUAUGCAAGAUUGGGACACGAUCUUCGAUCUCUUAGUUUUCAUAUACGAUAGCCAGCAUUUAAAGCCUUUUUAUUUUAGACCAGAAUUGUAAUUUGGCCAUUUGUUCUUGCAUUGAUUGUGCCUUGGGGUGAAAACAGGGCUGCAUCAGAAACCUGUGCUUACGGUGGGUUGGGGCUUAAAGCCGGCACCCGGAUCUUGGAACUACAUUUCCCAGAACCACAGGCGCUCCUCCCGUGAGGCCGCGCAUGCUUACUGGAGACACGAAGCCGUAGCUUCCGGCUAGUCGCGUGGUCGCGAGCUGAUGACCGGAAGGAUUAGUUCUUUUUCACAGGAAGCUUCAAGAAGUUAACUUGCCCAAAAGUACACAGCUAGUAAGUACCGGAGCUGUAACAGUACCUCAGCAGUCUGAAUCAGACAUCAAAAAAGCAGCAUGAUGGGGUCUGCACACAUACAGCACACAUGUGUAUGCAUAUACUCUAAGACAAAUCUGUCCUAAUAAGAAUAACAAUCCAAAUCAACCACCGAAGCACGCAGUGGUGGAUUUCCUGACUGGGCUGAAGACGGCUUUUCUUGUCUUGUCUUCAGACGGUUGUCAUGGCUGAAAACACAGAAAGAAACCAGAUUGAGAAACUCCUAAGCAGAGUAAAGGAACUGGAGCAGGAGGUGAAAAGACUUAAGAAAGAACAGGCCAACAGUAUCAAAGACUCAAACAUCAGAGAAAAUUCUUUAGGCUCUGGAAAAGCUAAGCGUGCAUUUGAUUUCAGUGCUCAUGGCCGAAGACAUGUAGCUUUAAAAAUAGCCUACCUAGGCUGGGGAUACCAGGGCUUUGCCAGUCAGGAAAACACAAGCAAUACCAUUGAAGAGAAACUGUUUGAGGCCUUAACCAAGACCCGACUAGUAGAAAACAGACAGACAUCCAACUAUCACCGGUGUGGUCGAACAGACAAAGGAGUUAGUGCCUUUGGUCAGGUGAUUUCUCUGGACCUACGUUCUCAGUUUCCAAGGGGCAGGGAUUCAGAUGACUCUAAUUUAAAAGAUGAUGAAGCCGACGAUGUUGCUAAAGAGAUCCGUUACACCCACAUUCUCAAUCGGGUGCUCCCUGCAGAUAUCCGAGUGUUGGCCUGGGCUCCUGUAGAGCCCAGCUUCAGUGCUAGGUUUAGCUGUCUAGAGCGGACUUACCGCUAUUUUUUCCCUCGUGCUGAUUUAGAUAUUGUAACCAUGAAUGACGCCGCUCAGAAGUAUGUCGGCACUCAUGACUUCCGAAACCUGUGUAAAAUGGAUGUGGCCAAUGGAGUGGUGAACUUUCAGAGGACUAUCCUGUCUGCACAAGUGCAACUGGUGGCUCAGAGCCUGGGUGAGGAGAGACGGCAGGAGCCUUUCCAGUUAUGUCAGUUCCAAGUGACUGGCCAGGCCUUCCUGUAUCAUCAAGUCCGGUGUAUGAUGGCUAUCCUCUUUCUGAUUGGCCAAGGAAUGGAGAAGCCAGAGAUUAUUGAUGAAUUGCUAAACAUAGAGAAAAAUCCCCAGAAACCUCAAUAUAGCAUGGCUGUUGAAUUUCCUCUAGUCUUGUAUGACUGUAAAUUUGAGAAUACCAAAUGGAUUUAUGAUCGCGAGGUUCAGGAGUUCAAUGUUACUCACCUGCAACAGCUAUGGGCUAAUCAUGCUGUUAAAACCCACAUGCUGUAUAGUAUGCUACAAGGACUAGACUCUGUCAUGAUAACAUGUGGGGCAGGAACAAAGAUGGAUGAAGCAACAGAAUGGAGAAACAUUAAGCCCUCUGUCAUAAAGCAAACUAGUGCCUUUGUCGAAGGAGUGAAAAUGCGCACAUAUAAGCCCCUCAUGGAUCGCCCUAAAUGCCAAGGACUGGAAUCCCGGAUCCAGCAUUUUGUACAGAGAGGACGUAUUGAUCACCCACAUUUACUCCACAAGGAAGAAACAAAGGCCAAAAGGGACUGUGCCGACACAGAAGAAGAAAAUACUGUUUUAGAGAAUCCAACAAAGAGGGUCUGUAUAAUAGAUGCAGAGAUUAACAGUACUGUAUAAUCCCAGCAAGCUGAGAUCUCUACCAGGAUCUAAGAAACAAAAUCAGCUAAAAUUCUAAAGACUGGCUCUUAAAAAGACCUAACAAGUCUUAAACAGGAAAGGGUCUAAAUAUUCUCUAAUCCCUGUCCAAAAGAAUUAUGGAAUAAAAGAAGCAAAAAGCACUUGUGAGCUA